GUUGCGUUGGCGGUUGAAUUUAUUUUUCUAUUUCCAUUUCUUCCUCUAUGCGGUGCUCCGGUGUUUGCGAUUUGCGAGUUUGUAGAGUUAAUUUGUUGUGUUUUUAUUGAUAUUCUUUUUGCGAAAAAUGGCAGGUUACCGUCCAAGUUACACAGUAGACGAAGACAUGCAAAUUCUUAAAUCGAUAAUAAAAUUUCAGUUGUACUAUUCUGUAAGAGGCAGAUCUCUUUGGAAGGAUCUGAGUUCAGUUGGUUAUCUCGAUAGAACAUGGAUGAGUCUUCAGAACCGUUUUGAGAAGACCAUACUUCCCAACAUUUCCAAUCCUAAAUAUACUAUACCAGAUAUUGAAAAACGUAAGAUUGAGCUAGCCUGGCAUCAAACAUCAACAGUUUUCAAAAAUAGCCAAAAAGCAAUUGCGAAGAAUAAGAGGAACAAAAAUUCGUCGUCUUCGGAAGAAAUUGAUGUAGAAAGUUCUUCUGCAGAAGAUGAUAAAAACACUUCUUCAGAUGAUGAAAUUAUAAUUGAUGAUACUGACAAACAAGAGAAGAAUUUAGAUGCAAAUAAUAAACAGAUAUCCAGAGAUGUUAAUAAUGAAAGUUUACAAAGUAGUGAUGAUUCUCUAGUAUUUGCUCUAAAUUCUACAAUAACAAUGAUUGAAGAAAAAGUUGAUAAGCAAACAACACAUUUGGAUAAUACAAAUGUUACAAAAAGUAACUCAAAUGAUUUUACAACAUUUAUGGAGUCUGAAACGGUAGAAAUAAAUUCUAGCCCUGAGCAUGAAGCAACUAAUGAAAAAAGUUGUGAUAAGAAAUCGAAUAAUCUUUCAAAACAUAAUAGUAGUGAUAAUAAAAUGCAAGCUUAUGAAACAACAGAUGAUGAAAGUGAUAUAUUUGUUACGUGCAAGUCAAAUUUAUAAUGGUAUUGUUAGUUAAAAUUACUUGGUGUUCAAGUAAGAGGUUGUUAAACACUAUCCUUUACCUGUCACUGUGAAGCUUAUAAAAGAGCGUUUUUUAAGUAUAUUGAAUUUGUUAAGUUCAGUCGAUCCAAACCAGAGCUAUCAAAAUAAAAAAAAUAAAUAAAUUGACUUUAUUUUAAGUUAAGAAGCUUCAAAUGAGGGCUGCUUUUAAAGUCCUUUUUUAAAUCUGUGUCGCUAAUAAGACACCCUCUUAUAUGGUCACCCUUUACAUCUUUGGAAGAAAUACAUUGUUAUAUUUUGUAGAUACCUGCCUGUUUCUUUCAAGAUUUUGAUUAGCAAUUAAAAAAAAUGUGUUUAUAUUUUUGUUCUUUGCAAUAAAACAUUAAAAAAUA